AUGACAUAUUUAUCUAUUCUGGAUUUGGCAAAUAAUAAGUUCUCAGGUAAAAUUUCCCCCACUUUGGGCAGUUUGUAUAAGCUUGAAGUAUUACACUUGCGCAACAAUAAUUUCAUUGAUGAAUUGCCUUCAACUUUGAGGAAUGGCACGAGACUGAGAAUGCUUGAUGUGGGAGGAAACAAGUUAACAUGUAAUAUUCCAACAUGGAUAGGAACACAUUUAACAAGUUUAACAGUUAAUAGCCUUCGACGAAACGAAUUUGAUGGAGUCAUGCCUUCAACAAUUUGUCGCCUUGCCAAUAUCCAUGUCUUGGACCUUUCUAGAAACAUUAUUUCAGGAAGAAUAUCCCGGUAUUUAAACAAUAUUACUGCUUUGGUUCAGAAGAACAGUUCAAUUGAAUAUGGACAAGAUUCAGAAUACAAAACACUAGGACUUUUGAAUGGCAUUGAUCUUUCUGGAAAUAAGCUUUUUGGACCUAUUCCUCAAGAGUUUUCUGCUUUAAGGGGUUUAGUUUUCUUGAACUUAUCUAGAAAUCAUUUGACUGGAAAUAUCAUUUCAAACAUUGGUCAAAUGGAGAUGUUAGAAUGCCUUGACUUGUCUCGAAACCAGCUUUCAGGGAAGAUACCAAACAUCCUUGUACAUCGUAAUUUUCUCGGUGUUUUGGAUUUAUCAUACAAUAAUUUGACGGGAAAGAUUCCUUUGGGCACUCAACUACAAAGCUUCAACUCCUCUAUGUAUGCUGGUAAUAGCCAACUCUGUGGAAAGCCUCUGAUGGAGUGUCCUAAAGAUAUUUCUAAUAGCUAUGUGACUGAUCACGGAAAGGGAAAUAUUUUUGAAGAAGAUGACAGGUUUAUAAUUCGUGAUUUUUACAUUUGCAUGGUAUUUGGUUUCAUUACUGGAUUCUGGGUAGUUGUUAUAACUCUAUUCCUCAAGCAUUCUUGGAGACAUUCCUACUUCAACUUUUGGAAUAACGUUUCAAACUGGAUGUACGUGACAACAACCAUCUAUAUGAUAAGAUUCAAGAGAAAAUUUCAGACGUAA